UAGACUGUUGCAUUCUUAUCUAUAUGUUGAAAGGUUAAAUUUACAUAUUGUUUGGUUAUAAUUUAUUGUUUUAUUAAAUGAUAAUUCAAUUACUCAUCUUCAAUAUUGGAGGACAAUCAUUGUAACAGAGAAACAGAAUAUGUAUAUAUCUGGAUGGAUGAGAUGUCCUAUGCCCUUUGUCUUUUAUGAACAAUGAAUUUUCAAUUGCAGUUUACUAUUAGAUCACAAAUAGUGAAUCGAAGUUCAAAACCGUUAGUUCUGAUUACAUUUUUGUUUUGAUGCAUAAUUAUUAUGCUUUACAUUUAUGCGUCGUGUCUUGACCCACUGCACUGUUUGGCUGCAUCGAUGUACUAAACGAUGUCGUUUGUAAAGUAAAAGCAAAUUACACACUGUUCAUUUAUUUCUGGCUCCAUUGGAGGAGGGAAAUGAAAUUAGGAUCAUGAAAUCCAGGACAAUGACGGAAAGCCAUUCAGAGUCCGUCGCUAAAGUAAAUAAAAAGCAAGGAUGGGCAACCUCACCAUCCAAAGUAUUCUAUCAUUUCGCUACGAGUGGAGCCUCCGUUGCCGUUGCCACCGGUUUCACUCAUCCUUUAGAUGUCCUUAAAGUUCGGCUUCAAAUGCAACUUGUUGGCCAGAGAGGUCCUUUGAUUGGAAUGGGAAGUUUAUUUGUUCAAGUAUUGAAAAAUGAAGGACCAAAGGCUUUGUAUUUGGGUUUGACACCUGCACUAACGAGGUCACUUCUUUAUGGAGGUCUCCGUUUAGGGUUGUAUGAACCUUCAAAGUAUGCCUGUAAUUUGGUUUUUGGGUCAUCCAAUAUAUUCGUUAAGAUUGCAUCAGGAGCAUUUGCUGGUGCCAUUGCAACUGCACUGACCAAUCCAGUUGAGGUUCUCAAGGUUAGAUUGCAGAUGAAUACAAACCGGAUACAAGUUGGACCAAUUGCAGAAAUGCGUAAAAUUGUUUCUGAAGAAGGAAUAAGGGCUCUCUGGAAGGGGGUUGGCCCUGCUACUGCCAGAGCUGCUGCUUUAACUGCAUCACAAUUGGCAACAUAUGACGAAACCAAGCGGGUUCUGGUUAGAUGGACUCCUAUGGAAGAAGGAAUUUAUCUUCAUCUAGUAUCAAGUACUGUGGCAGGCACAGUUAGUACCUCUGUAACUGCACCAGUGGAUAUGAUUAAAACCCGCCUCAUGUUACAACGAGAAUCCAAAAGAGUUGGAGGCUAUAAAAAUGGAUUUCAUUGUGCAUAUCAGGUUAUGCUUACUGAAGGCCCUCGAGCACUUUACAAGGGGGGUUUUGCAAUUUUUGCGAGAUUGGGUCCUCAAACUACAAUCACGUUUAUACUGUGUGAGAAGUUACGGGAGCUUGCUGGUUUGGAUGCCAUCUAACGGUGGAACUAUCCAUUCAUAUUCACUCACAAUAUUUUACCAAGAAUGGGGGAAUAUAUAAGUCUUUGUAGCAUACUAUUUAUAUGGUCGUUCUAAUAAUAUGGGGGAACCAAGAGUUGGUUUGGUUCUAGUGGGAAUGGUGUAUGUCUAGACCUUAUUAAUUGUCACAGGGGGUCAAUUAUUUGAUCGAGUUAUGGAAUAAUUCUUUUUGCUCCAUGCCCUAUUUUACUCCUGGGUUGACCCUAUACUAAAAGUAGAAAUGGGGAAUUUUGUUUCUUGUCAUAUAUCCACAUUCUUGGUUUUUGAAUUGGAAGAUAGUCAGUUUAGCUGGUUUUUCUGCAAAUUCGAUCAGCUUUCUCUGCAGCAUUACUUUUGGAGUUCUUUUCUGUUGCUGUCAUCUAGGAUCAAUUCAUGAUUUCAUUGUUUGUAGAACAGUAGUGCCCAUGAAAUUCCUGGGUUUUAUGGAAAUUGAAGGUAUGAGUUUGAGGGAAGCAGCCUUCCUUCAAUUUUUCAAAGUUGUAGGUCCAAUUAAUACACUAUUAUUUGAUUUUAUACAAAUGCUCCUUCAUACAAAUGAAAUUUUACUCAUAA